GAUUUCACUGCAACAGUUUAUAUAAAAAGAAAAAAAGAAAGAGAAAGGCUUACAAAUGGAAAUGGUUUUCUCUGCCACUCUCAACUCUCGAUUUUCUCUUCUUCCUUUUCCUUUUUAACUUUCGUGGGCCAUUCAUCCUCUUUCUCUCUCUACAAAACCUCCCUCUUCCCCUGUUUCUCACUUCACCCAUUUCUUUCUCUCUCUCUCUCAUGGCUUUUCGUCGGCAAACCAUUUUUGGUUUUCUCAAAUACCACCAUACAAUACCACUAUUCAUCUCCUUUCACUAAUUCCUCCGACCCCUUUUGUUUUCUCUCUCUAAAUCCACAAUGGCUACCGCAAUUUCUCUUUGCUCUGUUUUUCUUCUUCUACUUAUGAUUCAGUGGGUUGACUCGGAGCCGACUCAGGAUAGACAAGCCCUUCUCGAUUUCUUCUCUAAAACUCCUCACGCCAAUCGGGUUCAAUGGAAUCUUUCUAAUUCCGUCUGUAAUUGGGUCGGCGUUGAGUGUGAUUCAAAUCGGUCCUUUGUUUACUCUCUCCGUUUGCCUGGUGUUGGCCUCGUCGGACCGAUUCCGGCUAAUACAAUUGGGAAAUUGACUCAGCUCCGAGUUCUCAGUCUCCGUUCCAACCGUCUCUCCGGCGAGAUCCCUUCGGAUUUUUCCAAUUUGGUAAUGCUAAGGAAUCUGUAUCUUCAGGAUAAUGCUUUCUCCGGCGAGUUUCCGUCGAGCUUGACUCGUUUGACUCGGCUGACUAGGCUGGAUUUGUCGUCGAACGAAUUUUCCGGUCCGAUUCCGGCUUCUGUUGACAAUCUAACUCACUUGAGUGGGAUUUUCUUACAGAACAAUGGAUUCUCCGGUUCACUCCCGAGUAUCUCCGCCGUUAAUUUAACAAACUUCAAUGUCUCUAACAACAAACUCAACGGCUCGAUUCCGAAUUCCUUGGCGAAAUUCCCUGCUUCUUCCUUUGCCGGAAACUUAGAUCUCUGCGGCGGACCAUUCCCACCUUGCAACCCAUUAACUCCUUCUCCAUCUCCAUCACAAAUCACCCCACCACCCAACAAAAAAUCAAAAAAACUCUCCACGGCAGCGAUUAUCGGAAUCGUAAUUGGCGCCGUUUUCGCAGCUUUUCUCCUCCUCCUCAUCCUAAUCCUCUGCAUUCGUCGCCGGUCGAACAAAACACAGACGAAAUCACCAAAGCCACCAACGGCGGUGGGAACGGCAGCGAGAUCUAUUCCAGUAGCGGAAGCUGGAACAUCGUCGUCGAAAGACGACAUUACCGGAGGGUCAGUGGAGGCGACGGAGAGGAACAAGCUGGUGUUUUUCGAAGGUGGGAUUUACAACUUUGAUUUAGAGGAUUUGUUGAGGGCUUCGGCGGAGGUAUUGGGGAAAGGAAGCGUCGGAACGUCGUAUAAGGCGGUGCUGGAAGAAGGAACGACGGUGGUGGUGAAACGGCUGAAGGAUGUGGUGGUGACGAAAAAGGAAUUUGAGAAUCAAAUGGAGAUUUUGGGGACAAUUAAACAUGAAAAUGUGGUUCCGCUAAGAGCUUUUUACUUCUCUAAAGAUGAGAAAUUGCUUGUUUAUGAUUAUAUCUCCACCGGAAGUUUGUCGGCCAGCCUUCACGGAAGCCGAGGAUCCGGCAGGACGCCGUUGGAUUGGGAUUCAAGAAUGAGAAUAGCACUAAGCGCCGGUCGAGGAUUAGCCCAUCUCCACCUCACCGGCAAGGUGGUUCACGGCAACAUUAAAUCCUCCAACAUCCUUCUCCGUCCAGAUCACGACGCCUGCAUUUCCGAUUUCGGCUUAAACCCACUUUUCGGCACUGCCACACCGCCGAAUCGCGUCGCCGGUUACCGUGCACCGGAGGUCGUCGAAACCCGAAAAGUCACAUUCAAAUCCGACGUUUACAGCUACGGAGUUCUCCUCCUGGAACUCCUAACAGGAAAAGCCCCCAACCAACAAUCCCUCGGCGAGGACGGAAUCGACCUUCCACGGUGGGUUCAAUCCGUCGUCCGGGAAGAAUGGACGGCGGAGGUUUUCGACGCGGAGCUGAUGCGGUUUCAUAACAUCGAAGAAGAGAUGGUUCAGUUGCUGCAGAUUGCAAUGUCCUGUGUUUCGACGGUUCCCGAUCAACGGCCGGCGAUGCCGGAAGUUGUACGGAUGAUCGAAGAUAUGAGUAGUCAUAGAAGUGAGACGGAUGAUGGGUUGCGUCAGUCUUCGGAUGAGCCUUCGAAAGGAUCAGACGUGAAUACGCCACCGGCGGAGUCUAGAACUCCACCGGGAGUGACGCCGUAGGAAGGAGGGCAAAAAGGGAAAAGAAUUGUUAAUUUUCAUUGGUAGAGAAUAUAUAUAUAUAUAUAUAUGGUGGGGGCCCUUUCUUCAAAAAAUGGGAUUAAAAGUGCUUUAGGGGGUUUGAUUGAAGGGGGUAAAAUGGUCCAAUUCUGCCAUUUGUAUUUCUUCAAGUUUUAUUAUUAUUAUUUUGUUUAUUUUUAUUUUUAGUUUUGUAAUGAUCUUACAAAAAUGGAGGGGGGAAAAUUGGAAAUUGUAGGAGUGAUUUGGGGGAAAGUUUCAUGUGGAUGAACAUGGUGGUUGUAUAAAACUUGGGAAUUGACCUUGUGGUCAUUUGAGAUUUUUAUAACUAUUUUCAUUUGAAUUUCUUA